CCAUCAUUUAACUUUAAAAAUAAUCGAAGAUUUUAAGACUUCCGUGUCUUACAAACAAUUAUAUGAAGACAUUCAGAAAUUAGUAGUUUCCCGUAAUGUUCGUUCGGAAAAUUUCAAAGAAACAUUGCUGAAAGCCAUGGAGGAGAGCGGACUGCAAGCAAACUUAAAAAACGACAUUUAUAGAUGGGUGAAAACUAAGAAAAAAGAGCAAAAUCAGUUCGACGCCUUUUUCCGAAAAGCCCAGGUAAACUGGGAUCGAAGAAUUCAUAAAUCACUGAAUUCUAUGUGCAACGAGCUCGGGAUUACCCUGGCUAAGUUGAGAAAUACCCAGGAAAAAGAAGAAAUUAUGACGAAAUGGAACGAAUUGAGCAAUUUUGAAGUUGAUAUACAUAAAUACAGACCGGUUUAUGCCCCUAAGGAUUUUCUGGAAGUUCUUUUGAAUUUAAAAGGCCCCGUUACGAAAACAAACUGUGAAAAACAAGAAUGGGAAUUUAUACAUAUACCUUUAAGAGUCAAAAACGUUUCAGAUUUGCGCAACAUCUACACAGAGUUAACCCGUGGCGAUAAAAUCCUAGGUAUUCAUUUAUCAGCUUCCAACCCCCAGGCUUAUUUGAGCCUUGAAGCUGAAAGAAUAGCUUUGGCUGAAAAGGUUUUGCAAAAAAAUUACGCACCCAUAGCACAAGAGUACUUAAAAAAAGGGUGCCCUAGAUGUAUGAGGGCUAAAAUUUGGGCUCUUAUAUUGGGCUCAGAAAAUAAACAACACAAUGUUGAAUAUUUUAGGCAAUUAAAAGAACAUGUUUUACAGUUUGAUUUGAUGAUUGAUAAGCUUAUAAUAAAGGAUAUCACUUUGACAGCUUCGAAUGAUGACCAAUAUUUUGUUUUUGAGGAUGAUUUAUAUCAAAUGAUGUUAUGUUUUUCUAGAGACAGUGAGAUUUUGAAAAUGAUGCCGGGCCAGCCAGCUUUUAUGCAGGUUUUAUUAAAGGGAAAUAAAAAUACCGUGGAUAAUAACAUGGUUUUUCCACCGUCAGGUGUCAUACCGUUCCAUGGGUUCACCAUGUAUGCUGCACCUUUUUGUUACCUCUUUGAAAACCCAGUGGAACUAUAUUUCAGUUUUCGGCAGUUUUAUUUGAGGUAUUGGCAUCGUCUUCAUAGGUUGUGCACCAGCCCCCAGGGCAUAGUUUCCCUAUGCUUACAAUACGAAAGGAUGUUACAGUGCUAUGAGCCGAUUCUGUGGCAUCAUUUUAAAUCCUGUCACAUACACCCUUUGAGGGUGGUCAUCAAAUGGAUAAUGAGGGCUUUCAGUGGACACCUUCCCCUAGAGCAGUUACUGAACCUGUGGGAUUUAGUUCUGGCCUACGAUUCUUUAGAAAUAAUACCCCUAUUAGCUGUGAGCAUAGUAAUUUUCCGAAAAGAAAAUUUAUUGAGGGUACACAACCUCCAAGGCGUGGAAGCUGUUCUAGCCGACCUAUCCAGCAUAUCAGUCAUACCACUUUUACAAAUGGCGUUAAUUAAAGAAGAAUAAAUAAAAACAUAACCUCAAAAAGUUGUUUAAUUGCUAAGUCACCUUAGCGUAAACAAUAUCGUCUGCG